AUAAUAUGAGGGAUUGCCAUUGAGACAAGCGUGAACUUAUAAUAGAGCGGUAUAUGUGACUGAAAAGUGGGUUUAUUUGUUUUUGAUUUUAUCAAUAGCGAUAAACGGAGAAACCUGGGUCUGUUUUCACUCUAAUGCAAAAAUGCAAUGACGAGGUUGUCACGUCGACUCGCUGUUGUGCCUUUGGGGGCUUUUGGUUGUCGCGCGCAGUGAGAACGUCCUCUGGAUAACAUGCGCGAGGAGCUGCGUCUCUUCUAGAAUAUCUUUAGUUUCUUUUUGUGGGAAAUAUUUUUGUGGAUUUGUCAAACUAAUUUGACGCUUCCUCUUGAUUUCUUGGAGCUGGAGCAGUAAUUUGAUCUUUAUUAUUAUUAUUAUUAUUAUUAUUAUUAUAAGUUAAUGUAAUACAAAUGAGUGACAAGUGAAAAGAAGGAUCACCAGGGGCUAUCAGGAUGGACUAUACCUCAAAUUCAUCCUUUCCAUUUUUCAGUUCACCUGAGGAUUUAGAGGAAGGUAAGAAGUUUGUUUCUCUUUCUUUUGAAUAAUGAAAACAUACAUUUGAAUCCUUUUCUGAAUUAAAAAGUACGGUGGUACUCAUGAACCUUAUUGUAGAAUAAUCAUAGGAGCAAUAACUGCUAAAUUUUUAAAUAAUUUGAAGUAGAUCAGGAUAAAAUUAAUUGAUUAACCUUAGUGUUUACUUGAAAUUUACUGAGAGGCAGUAAGCACUUAUUUACAGAGAUGCAAAGUCAUUCAUCGAUGCAAGCACAAUGCAAACAACAAAGCAAGUUAAGAUAUAAUAAACAGGGACUAUUAGACCAUUAAAAUCUACAACAGAAGAUAUUUAUGAGCCAAAACUCACAUUUCACUAAAACCCAUGAGCAAAUUCAAUAGUUUUGAUUGUGAAAUAUGUAAAUGAAAAACAACUACAGAGAGAGGUUAGGUUUAAAACUAACUUUCCAAAAUGUGCAAAAGGUACAAGUGUUGGUUUAAAGUGCUGGUUUUUGUAAUCUUUUUUCCAGGAGUCAGGUACAGAAUAUGAAAAAGCACUUUUGCAGUUCUGACCUUUUUUGAGGGAUGUCGAAAUGCAGCUUCUUUUGGGAACAUGUCUGGAAAAAUCCAUCCAAGAAAUGUCAGAGUUCUGUCAGAUAAGAGGGUAGAUGCCAAAAGAGAUGCCUAUGAUUUUUUGUGUCACUUGGAGAGAAGAUCACACAACACUGCUACAUGAAAUAUAAUCAUGUGUUCUUACUGCAUCACCAAAAAUGAAACUCAAUACAGAGUAACGGACAGGAUGAAUACAUUUCAGUGUUGUGGAAAACAACAUCACCAUAGACUGAUUGACAAGAGGACUGCCACCUCAACCUAAAACAUAAAAAAAUGUAUUAAUUUCUGUUAAUAUGGUUAUACAAAAGCUAAACUUUAAUCCAAUAACCUAAUAUCAGCAGCCUGUGAUUUUCUCCGUAUUUCGAGCAUUUAUAAAUAUCCUGUUCUGUUGCUUGUGGACUUUGGUUUUGAACCAUUAAAAUAAGUCAGAGGUCAUUAAGGGUGACGUGCAGAUUGUUAAAGGGGUGGUGCAUUUGCAAAAAAGUGUCAUUGGCAUACACAUGGAUGCCUGCAUGGAAGUUUGAUAAAGAAGAGACAAUCUAAUAAAUUAACAGGACCUAAAAUCAAGCCUUGUGGAAUACCACAUGUCAUAUUUAAAAUAUAGAAAAAAUGCUCCCAAAUUUAAAUAACUGUUGCCCUCCUGAUUAAUAACUCUUAAAAAGGUGCAUUUUCAUGUAAAUAGUAAAUAGUACAUAAAACAGUACCUAAAAACAAGCUUUCGAACCCCACUUGUCAUUGUUAAAAUGUUGAAAAGUAGCAUCAAAGUUUAAAUCACAGUUGCCUCUUUGAUAAAAAGCUUUUGAAAAGGUGCAUAUUUAUAUGAAUUGUACAUCAAAUAGGACCUAAGGUUGAGCCCUGUGGAACACCAUUUUUAAAGGUUUUAGAAAAGUACCUCCUUAGUUUAAACAACUGUUGUCUCUCUGAUGAAUCUUUUGAAUCAGUUGUACAUAUGCUGUCAAAAACAAUAUUGUGUAACCUUUUGAGAAGCAGGAAAAGGAUGAAGUCCUUUUGACAGAUCAAUAAAAAGGCUAAUCAAUGCUUUCUUUUUAUCUGCUACUUCUGUAAUGUCCUUCACAACCUGGGCAACAUCACUUACGAUGUUGUGUUCAUCCCGAAAGUCACAUUGAUAUGUGCUUAGGAUCUUCAAGGGAAAUUAUGGCCUAAAAUUACUUUAGGGUCAAAUCAUAAAUGUUCUUCCUUGAGCUGCGUCACCCCACUGUAGUCCGUAAUGGACUGGCCUGAGGUCUCGCUUCAAACAAGCGGCUGCUGGAAGAGAGUAGGUGAGUUGUAUUUAGUCUCUUAAGUAAGAAAUUAGGCAAAGCUAAAAAGAUGUUUAGUGGCUAGUGCUGUGGCUGGGACCCUAUAUGUACUGUUGAUGAAGUUAGGUGCUGUUCUGAGCAUUAUUUGUGUCUAUAGAGUGGCGUUUUGGUUGAGGUUUGUUUAAGGCUCCUCAGACCGCUGUGUAUUGCUAUCCAGUGGUCGUUACUAAAGUUGGUAUAACUAGAGAAGCAAGCGGUCAGCAACAUUCAUUUCUCAAGGGGGUUUCUAACUCUGUGUUACAGUGUGUUUGAGCCUGAAUUAAUUUUACGCCGGAAUAUCCCUUUAACACUUGAUGAAAUGUUUUUCAGUCAGUCAGUUGAUAAUUAUGAUCCAGAAGACUCAAACAAAAAUUAAAACAAAAUACAUUUAUAGUCAAAAUCGCAUUGAGUAGGAUCCACUGUGUUACCUGUAACUAACAUUGACUCUUCUGUUUUCUCCUUUUGCCAGAUCAUGAGCCCCAGUACAACAAUGUGCUCAUGCCAAGCAUCUUUGGUAUCAUUUGUUUCUUUGGACUCUGUGGAAACUCUAUUGUCAUCUACACCAUUGUGAAGAAAACCAAGCUGUGCUCUCAGCAAACAGUACCGGACAUAUUCAUCCUCAGUUUAUCCAUUGCAGACCUACUGUUUCUCCUUGGCAUGCCUUUCCUUAUCCACCAGCUUGUGGGAAACGGCUCCUGGUGCUUCGGCGCCACCAUGUGCACCGUCAUCACUGCGCUGGACUCCAACAGCCAGAUUGUGAGCACCUACAUCCUGACUGUGAUGACUCUGGAUCGCUACCUGGCUACUGUGCAUCCUAUCCGCUUCAAGCACAUCCGGACCCCCUGUGUGGCUGGGGCGGCAGUCGCUCUUGUGUGGGUCUUCUCUCUGGUGUCCAUCAUUCCAGUGUGGAUGUACACAGGACUUAUGCGCCUCAAGGAUGGCUCAGUUGGCUGUGCCGUCCUGCUGCCAGAUCCAGCCACUGACACAUACUGGUUCACUCUCUAUCAGUUCUUCCUUGCCUUUGCUCUCCCUUGGGUGGUCAUCUGUGGGGUCUUCUUUAAGAUUCUCCAAAAUAUGUCGGCUACAGUCGCUCCUCUUCCUCAGCGCAGCCUGAGGGUGAGGACAAGGAAGGUGACCCGUAUGGCAGUGGCAAUAUGCUUGGCCUUCUUCACCUGCUGGGCCCCAUAUUAUAUCUUACAACUAAUCCACCUUGGUGUACAGAGACCUACCUUCGCCUUUAUGUAUGCUUACAACAUAGCAAUCAGUCUAGGCUAUGCAAACAGCUGCAUCAACCCGUUUAUCUACAUCGUAUUGAGUGAAACAUUCAAAAGGAAAUUCAUUGUUGCAAUCAAGCCGAUCCACAGGGGUUUCAGAGUCGCUCCUGCGCUGGCAGACGGCAGCAUGAGCCUGAGGACGGCACCAGACAGUGCCCACCCAUCACACUCUCAGUCCUCAAGGGACCUGCUGCAAAACAUGCUGCCUGUCACUGUGGCUGUACACUGAAACAGACACUGCAUCCUGCCAUCUGUGACUAUGACUGAAAGUAUUCAGCAGAUAAGCACCUGCUACUGUUGGCUGCUUUAAGAAAAUGCAUGACUACAACCAGACAACUUGGCUUUCAUGCAUGCACACAAAGAAGAGGGGAGGCGUGCUCUCUCUAUUGCAGGCUUUGGUACUCCACAUAAGCACAUGGAGGGGCAGGGAGCUCUCAGAACAGAGCCAUACUGCCAAAUAUUACUAUCGCAUGCUUGUGACAAAAGUAGUCGUGACUGAACUUGAGUUAUUCACUAAAACGGUGUAAAACUUGUCUAAAACAAACCUGUAUGCAUUAAUGUCUGCUUGUUCUGUAGAUUUAAAAAACUGGUCUCUGCCAGUCUUAUGUCCAUGCUGGAUUAUGUGGAUGUCUUUAACACGCAUGCCUUCCCUCAGAGCUUGCAUACUCUACAGACUGUAUCAUGGAGCAGAGAGAUUCAUCGCUAAUUUCACUGCCCUCAGUCAUCACUGUUUUCUGUAUGUGAUGGUCGGUCUAUCGUGUUUGUGCCAAGACUAAAAAACAUUGGUGAUUCUUAUUUUCCAGUCUAUCUGCUGUGCUGCUGCAAACUGAAUUUAAUUUAGCUAAUACAUUUGAUCAGAGCUGGUCCGCCAGAGUCUGUGAUGAGAGAAUUGUAAUGGUCUUGGGUCAGGCUCUAUUCCCCUUUCCUGAAAGUCUCUCGCCACUCUCUCCCCCGGUUCCCUAAUCUAUCUGCUGUUAUUCUUCACAUAAAAACCGUUCAUUCAAACAUGAUGUUGUGAGAUAUUAACUCUGGACAGGUGAAUAUUCUUACGUGACUUUUCAGCCUAAAACACAACAGCACACUUUGCAUUGUAAUGUGUUAAUUUCAGAUUCAGCAUGGGACAAAAGAUCAGACUGAGUCAACCACUUAUCAAGAAAAAACAAAACAAAACAAAUACGACUGAUUAUUAAAAAGCACAAUGGGUGACUUGACGCCCUCUGAUGUUGAUUGUGCGCCAGCUUUGUGAAAUUACAUGUAAUGGCUUUAUAAUUCUGCUAAAAUUAAAUGUUGCACAUCUUGCACACCUAAGGGUUGCAAAUGAAUGUUUUUAAUCUAAUGUGUUAUUCUCACUAUGCACAGUAAAAUGAGUUACACGGUUCUGCAGAGUUUGGAUCAUUUACAAACGGUUUUAUUUCGAAUGAGUCACGAUGUCACCGUGAAAUGUUUUAUUUUAUAUAAUUAUUAUUAUAAUUAUUUUACUGUGAUGAAUAAUGUGGCAGUAACGUUGCACAGUUGGACGCUCAUGAUCUUUGUGAAGAUAUGUGACGCUAACUCAUACUCUGUGCUGCUUUGACCACAGUUUUUGAUGUUGUGGGCGUGUUGUGGCUGUAAAACUGUCUGACUGUUUGACAGGUCACUGCAUGCACAUUCGACUUGUUUGGUACAUCAGAGAAAAUUAUUCAACAGUGGAAAAAAUAGAAGUGAGGUCGCAGGCAGUCGCAGGCAGUGAUUAAACUGUAGACAUGUGACACUGCUCUUUUUGAUGCUGCAAUUUAGCAUGUAAUGAAGCUCUUAGUGUGUAUUUUAACUGGACAUUUAUCUAUAGUGUAUGUGCUGUGGAAAUGUACACUUGGACACAUCUGUUAUAUUUACUGCAUGUUUGAACUUUUACAUUUUACAUCUGGAAAAACAUACAACUGCUAAAAAUGAGGGGACACACGAGGGAAUCCCGUUACUGUGGAUCGUAACUGAAUUAUUGAUGGAAGUCGACCGAGUAUAUCUUUGAAAGUUCAUGUUUUAUGCUAGAAAAGGGAAACCUUAACUACUGUUAUAACUUUGAAUUAAAACCUGACCUGCAACUUCAAAAAGAGGAAUAUCCAUUAAGUCUUGAACUGAAAUGAACUGUUCCUAGUUCACAGAAGCUGUGAGGCCAUGCCUCGUGCUUCGAAUAAGGAAGUCCAGACAGUUUUCUAGGGCUUAACUGCUGUCUCCUUUCAGCUUUUCUCAGCGGGAGAGUUUAUAAAUGUCUUGAACAACACAAAUUUUGUUUCUGCUAUUAAAAUACAGGGAAAAAGGUAGGAUUAUCCCUCUAUUAUUAAAAAUUAAUUACAACUAAUUAAGUCUUUUAUACUCUCAGCUCCUUACAUGGAUUAUGUUUGUGCCUUGGUGAUAACAGAACAUAAAUAGGCCCUGAUUACAAAGCAGUGUGAGGUCAAUAAAAAUGUUCUCGUGUGUCCGCCUGUUGCUCUCAAGCUCUGUGUUUGUCACUGAACUAAAACUGGAGACAGAAUUAUUCUGUAAUUUAUCUCCAACAGGACACAGUAGCCUCUUUCACAAGCUGUACUUCUGAAAAGUUCUUAAUUUUCCAGGAGGUCUGUCCCUAAAAUUUCCAAAGUUGCUCAUUCAUUAGAAUAAGAUCAAUAUUUGAGAACCUUUUCAAUUGUACUAUGUAUGAAACUUAAGUUUAAGACAAUUUCCCCUUAAAAUUUUAAGUGCUAAAUAUGAAUCUAAAUGUCAAAUGCUCCAUAUCAAUGAUAGAUGUACUGUAAAUCUAAAAGCUGAAUAUUAGAAUAAAAUGUUAAAUCAAGUUGUAAAUGUUAUGUGUCAAAAGUUAAUAAAUGAACCAUUGCAGAGUUAUAGAAAUUGACUAUAACUCCAAAUUAUGUCAAAUGUAAAAUACAUAUGUAAAUGUUGAUGUUAGGUAUAAACCUGAUGUAAAAUGUAAAGGAUAUUGAAAAAUAUUACAUCUGAAUGUUAAGAACUAAAUAUGGAAAUAUUUAUGCAGUUUUAAUGUUAAAAGUUAAAUCCAAAUGUUUAUCAUACAUAUAAAUGUUGAAUGUGAAAUCUAAAUGUUAAAUAUGCAUAUGUGAAUGUCAAAGGGGUAUUUCACUUGUAAUAUUGAAUAUUGAAUCUAAAUGAUAAAUAUUUGAUCUAAAUAAAAAGGAAAAUGUUAAAUAAAAAUUUGAAUAGUUAAUAUUAUUUUAAAAUGUUAAAAAGAACAAUUAACAUAAAUCUAGAUGUUUGAUAUCAUAUUACAAUUUAGAUAUUUAAGUCUCUAGGUUGUAUAUAGAAUUUACCAAGUGGUUUAAGCACUCAUUCAUAUAUGGAGGCUUUUGUUCUUGUUGCAGUGGUUGCUGAUUCGACUUUGUUCAUGUCUUUUGCUGCAUGUCUCCCCUGAGGGGGCCGGUUGAUCUUGAGUGGAUCUUCUCUUGUGUGGGUCGUGGGUCUACUCGCUACAAUGACUGUCUCUCUUUUGCCACCCUAUACAUCAAUGGCAAAAAUAUUUUCAAAUUUUUGGUCAAUAUAUUCAAUCAAAAUGUAAAAGUAUAAAAAUGUUUAAUGCAAAUGUUGAACGGUAACUCUUUAAAUCCAAAUAUUAAAUGUUGACAUCCAAUUUUAAA